CGCAGAGCUCUCUCUCCAUGUAGCUCUGUGUUUCACAGCGAAGCUGAGCCAGGUCUUCUCGCAAAUCCUUCUUUAAUGACUCCAAGCUCGACAGGACCUCCUUAAACAAGGCUACACAUUCAUCCUGUCAGUCCUGUUUGUAUCAUUCAGCAUCUCAGAACUUUUCACUUCAGCCGUUUCUCUUUGUCUAGCCUGGUUCAGUGUCUCCUCCUCAGAUGGGGUGACCUUAACGGUGGGCGCAGGUUCGCCCUGCUCUCGUUUGCUUUUUUCCAGUUCCUUGACUUGGUUUAUAACAUCCAGUAUACCCACACGUUCACACUCCAGACCGGCUUGCGUCCUGAUCUGACUUCUCACCAAGGUAUUUCUUCCCUCUCUUGCUCCUCUCUGCUCUUCCUCUUCAGCAACCACUUCUGAAGAACGGCUGGGUUCUCCAUCGACUCGUUCAUGGCUGUAUUAUCUUUUAUUUACUUGUCUUCACUUCUCAUUCUUGUUUAACUAUGAUGUCAAAUGUUGAAAAUCGAGUGCAGCUAAGUGACACUUACAGUGUGGGUUUUUCCCUCGAGAUGUAACUGGCCAAUCAAUGCCUGACUUAGACUCAAUGUUCUCUUGAGAAAUAUACCACAUGUGCAUAAACACCUUUCCCCCUUAACGCACAGAAACGCUCAUUUAAAUUUCAGGUAAAACCAGCCUAAACAAGCUGCAUUGCUUGCUCUCAAGAGGUUUGGAUUUCUGAGAACAUGUACAGAAGAGUUUUAUACAACACUUGCAACAAUUACAAUACUCUUACCGAUUCUCGGUACAGUAACAGUGGGUUUUACGAUUCUGUUAUCAGCUUUCAUGUCUUAUAAUAAGGUCUGAACAAAAGACUCAAGUCAUUCCAACAUAAAACAAGAUAUUCUGAAGAUUGUUGGUGACCUUCUUGAUUUAUAAUGUAUGAAUUUUUUUUCAGAAUAUCUUCUUUUGCAUUAAGAAGAUGGUGACAUGGGGUUGAGUAAAUGGUGAAAAAUAUUAUGUUUGGGAAAGCAUUCUUAAAAACUAUUAUUUAAAUGAAAGCUAAAUGAAUUGAAAUUAAUUUGCAGAAAUUGCAUCACACCAGGGUUAACAUUGUUUUCAGUGUCAGUUAAACCAACAUUAAGAAAGUCACCAGAGGGUUAAAACCAUUUCGAAAACAAAUAAAAUAGUUGUAAAACGCUUUCGGUUUAUAACCAUGAUGUUGCAUUUUUACUAACAUGUGAUGGGAUGAUGUUUAAAUAUUAGUGGUCAGACACUGUCAUUUUUGUAUUGAAUGUUCAUUUCUUGUUUUCUACUGAAGUUGAAAAAGUGAAAUUUUGAUGAAAUUAAUGAAUAACCAUAAAUAUUUUUUGUUUAUCCUAAAGGUGCAUGAACUUUGUUAAACAUUACCUAAUGUUCUAUGACGGUCUGGAUUCUAAAAGGGAUUCUAACGGGGGAAAAAUUAAAUAACAAAAACAAGUUUGAUUGACAUUUUGACCAAAAAAAACCUCUUUAAAUUUUGCAUAGUCACACUGAAAAAUGUAGGCGCAACCAGAUGACCAAUAGGAUUGAAGGAAAUGUAUGCCUCCUCUUUACCAUUUAGACAAACAGCAAAAAUCAGUCGUGAAAACAUAUACUCUCAAAACCGGCAAAGGUCCAAAACAGCGGUUGGCUGAAAACCAGACUGAAAUGUAUAGGCUAAUCGAAAGGAAGACCGCUUUUAUCAUAAAAGCAAAAAGUGCCAUUUAUUUGCAUAAUAAACGAGUUAUAAUAUGUAGGCCUAACACACAGUUAUAUCACAUAUUAAGAGCAUCAUUAGUGUUGCUUUCCUCCUUUCUGAGAACCGGUGGGCGGAGACUCCUACAUACCGCUACAAAUUCACAUCUGGACCAUCUGCACUCACCUCAUCUCCUUCUUGCGACUGUCCCAAGAAAAGAAGAUGACUACCUACACUGACAAAGGUGAAAAGCAUGAGGAGGGCAGAUUUGUCUGCUUUGACCACAUCACUUUCUGGGUUGGAAAUGCAAAGCAGGCAGCGUCGUAUUACUGUAAUAAACUGGGUUUUGAACCCUUGGCGUAUUGUGGGCUUGAGACAGGCAGCCGUGACAUUGUGUCUCACGUGGUGAAACAGGGGAAGAUUAUUUAUGUCUUCACAUCUGCCUUAAAUCCCGGCAAUAAAGAGAUGGGCGAGCACCUGGUGAAGCAUGGAGAUGGUGUUAAAGAUGUAGCUUUCACUGUAGAGAACUGUGACUACCUGGUGGAGAAAGCGAUGGAGCGGGGUGCCAUCAUUAUUAAGAAGCCCCAUGUUGUGGAGGAUUCGUUUGGCAGAGUGAAGCUGGCAGUGUUACAGACAUAUGGGGAUACCACUCACACUUUUAUCGAGAGGACAGAGUAUAAUGGACUCUUCCUGCCUGGAUUCCGCCAACCUCUGUUCUGUGACCCCUUCCUGGUGAAACUGCCAAGCGGCAAACUUGACUUCAUUGAUCAUGUGGUUGGAAACCAGCCAGACAAUGAGAUGGUGCCAAUAGUGGAAUGGUAUCAGAGGAACCUGCUGUUCCAUAGAUUCUGGUCCGUGGAUGACAAGCAGUUACAGACUGAAUACAGUGCACUGCGCUCCAUAGUGGUGGCCAACUUUGAAGAGACUGUUAAGAUGCCAAUCAAUGAACCGGCCACCGGAAAGCGCAAGUCUCAGAUCCAGGAAUACGUGGAGUACUAUGGUGGCGCAGGGGUUCAACACAUCGCCAUGAACACCUCUGACAUCAUUUCAGCAAUUCGCAACCUGAAGGAACGUGGUAUGGAGUUUAUGUCUGUCCCUGACACUUACUACCAGCAGCUCAAAGAGGAGCUAAAGCACUCCAAGGUUAAAAUUGCAGAAGAUAUAAGCAUACUGGAGGAACUUAAAAUCUUGGUGGAUUAUGAUGACAAUGGCUACCUGCUCCAGAUCUUCACUAAACCAGUACAGGACAGACCCACUGUGUUUCUAGAGGUCAUCCAGAGACACAACCAUCAAGGGUUUGGUGCUGGAAAUUUCAAAUCUCUUUUUGAGGCAAUUGAAACUGACCAGAACGCCAGAGGAAAUCUCACCAUCCUCACUUCUGAUUGCACAUCAGAAAAACUCUAAAUGCUUUGCCUCACUUUACACUUUGAACAAAGAAAUAUAUGUGGUAACAUAUCCCUCGAAAAUUAAUCAUGGUUCUACUAGAGUUAAAACAAAAAAAAAAACAUGUAGUCCCAUAGCACCGGUUCGUCUGUAAGAUCGGGAGAUUUGGAAAACAUCUGCUGUGUAAAAAUAUCCAACAAACGUCUUAGAAAAGAAAGUUUUACACACACUCUAAUUCAUAAACAUCUUACAGACAUCUUAUUAAAUGUCUUGCUGACAGUUGACGUCUUAGAGAUGUAUUAGAGCUAACUUAAAAAAAAAUAGGCAUAUGUCUUGUAGAUGUAACUGCAGACAUCAAAUAGACGUCCCCCAGACGUAGGCCUAUGUGCUCUGUCAAGGUUAAUUUUCGAGUGGGCAUGUUAGGAUAAAAAUGUACAAUGUUACUUAUUUUCAAUGGCUUUAAAAAUCCAAAGGCCGUUUGUAUGAGAAGCAAUGUGCCAUAAAUUGUAACCAGUAGAAAUAAACCAUCAUAAUGUGA